GAAGUACUUAGUUAUUCUUGCCUGCUUCACAGCGGUGCAUGUAACUAUUUGCUCAGAACUACACGGAUCAAAUUGUUGCUAGCAUAUUUACCAUUUUCAAAACAUUAUUGGCACAUUACUUAGACACGAAGUUUAAAUCUUCUGCGGAAGUCAACCGAUCUCUGUUUAGUUUUCGCAAACGUUUGAAAAUGUUGAGCAGUGUUUCUCUCCGGGCUCAGAUCGCUUCCAUCAUAGAGGUACUUUCUAAAGCUGCGGUUUCAGAAAUUAGCAAAGUAGUCGACGAUGGCAUAGUUGUGUUACGUGUGGAAAUGUGUCGACGGGAAAAUGAAAUCAACGUCCUGAAAAAUAAUGUACAACAACUUGACAGCGAGCUUCGAAGAGCUCGAGGGAUUCAACCUCGAAAACGCAUCCAUCAUGGUCAAUCAGUCGCUGCUGAGAAUCUUGGGAGAAAAGGGCCUGGUAAAAAUGGUACCACUUGUGUGAGGAGGACCUCGGUUGAGAAACUGCAGCCUGAGGGAGACGGCAAUGGAAAGGAUGAAGGCGUUGGACCUGCGGAUGAGACUCUGGUCAAGAUUGAGCCGGCAGGGGAGGGUGAACAGGAAGAGCAGACCACAAGGAGAAAAGACGAGGAUCGUCUUGAUUCUGAACUGUCAACGUACGAGAGAGACAGCCAGCCGUGGAUGCCCGGUACACAAGAAGACAAUGAUGUGGAGACAAACUCACUGCGUCUCCCUGAUCACUCUCCUGAACCUUCCGGAAUGACGGCAGCUUCACGCAGCAGUGUUUCAUUUCCAGGGAAACCAUAUUUGGAGUCAAACGUCAGAGAGGAUAUGAUUUUACAACUCAGACAGCAACAACGUUAUAGGCAGUCAGAAGCGCUCAGGAGAACAAGCGACGGCACGGUAAAGUCAAACCCAGACCCUCAAAGUGAAUUCGGUUUUGGCCCGAAUUACAAUACGGCAAGGAGAGCGAGGACCAAGAGAUUUUUCCAGGUUAAUAAACACUUCAUUUGCACACUGUGUGGAAAGAGUUUUGAACGUUACAGCCAUCUUGAAAGACAUCUGCGAAUUCAUACGGGUGAGAAACCGUACAGCUGUGACAUAUGUGGAAGGUGUUUCAACCAGAAGGGUAGCCUCAAAGGACAUCUGAAGACUCACAGAGUAUCGAUGGACGGACUAGCUAACAACGAAGAGAAGCCUCUCCUGGAUGGACGUCAGUCUGAGGAAGAGCGUUGCAACGGAAAGUACCAAGUGUUUCAAACUGCUCCUCAGAUGCCCAUGAAGUCUGAGCCAGGGGAGGAGAAGGAUGCAUUCCAGACACUAGAUCAUAAAGCAGGAGAACAGACUGCAGGAAGAGCAGAACAGCAACUGGAUGAUGACUUGUCAACGUACGAGAGAGACGGCCGGCCGUGGAUGUCCAGUUCACAAGCAGACAACGAUAUGGAGACGAGCAAUUCAGAAUAUUUCAUCAGUUCAGGUCAGAACUCCCAGUGUCUCACUGAUCACUCUCCUGUACUUCCUGUCCCAGGAAGGGUGGAGGUGUCAUGUAGCAGUGCUUCAUCUCCAGGGAAACCAUAUGUAGAUGUCAGCGAGGAUAUGAUUUUACAGCUCAGACAGCAACAUUAUGGACCUUCAGACACACUCUUGAUAGCAAGUGACGGUACAGUACAGCCAAACUCGCAGGUCACGGGCGGGGCUUCUCUGAACCAUCCUCCCAUCUUCUCCAGUUGUCCGGAAAGGAAGGUGAAAACCUUCCAAGGAGUCACCAAGGACAAGAAGUGCUUCAUCUGCUCGUUCUGUGGGAAGGUUUUUGAGCGCGUUGGUCAUCUGGAAAGGCACCAGCGAAUUCAUACGGGUGAGAAACCGUACAGUUGUGACAUAUGUGGAAGGUGUUUCAACCAGAAGGGUAGCCUCAAAGGACAUCUGAAGACUCACAGAGACGGCGCUGACAUGCUAACGGGUCUACCUCCGCUAGAUGAUAAAAAGCCUGACGUUUAUCCUAGACCCUCGGAGAACCCAGAGGAACAGAGGGAUCAGCCCUCACCUGGUGAAGCACAGCCUAGCUCCGGGCACAGUGAGGAGGAGGAGGGCAGGGGGCAGGGGUUGGUGGGGGGAGCAGAGAAAGAGAAGCAGUUUGAAUCCCAGAUACUCAGUCAGUCAGGACCUCAACACCAACAAAGCACAGAGCGACAAGGUUACCAGGACGACCCAGAGUAUGUCAUGGAUGAGAGGGAGAGUCAGCUGUGUAGAUCUUUCACAGAGAGGCACAGUGAUGAGAGGGAGAGUCAGCUGUGUAGAUCUUUCACAGAGAGGCACAGUGAUAUGGAGUCUGGAUCACUAAAUCCAGGUUGCUCCUCCGAUGCGACAAAGCAGCAGAACUCCCAUCCUGUUUCACCCAGUGUCAAAUACCAUCACAGUCCUUUUGAUGGACUGCAGCACCACCACGGGUUCUAUACGUCAGCUUCUAGAGAGGUGGAACUUCAACACUUGUCUUUUCAGCAUGAGAAAGACAAGUUGGAUGUGAUUGAGCAAGAGCAGUAUGCAGGGGUGGUUCUACAUGCAAGGAACAGGGAGGAUGGUGAUGGAACAGUACUACCUAGGUUUCAGGACCGGGUACCACCGUCACCACUACCUGUAGAGGAGGAAACGUCAAUGAGAGCGUACAUCACAGAACCAAACUACAGUCAAGAGGGGAUUUUAUUUGCCCUUGGCAUAGACAGUUUUGACAGUACAGAGGGAACCAGUGCCACUACAGACGACACAAGAAAUAGAUGUUUCAUAUGCUCCUUCUGUGGAAAGAGUUUUGAUCGCCAUAGUCAUUUUGAAAGACACCUGCACACUCAUACUGGUGAGAAGCCCUACAGCUGUGAGAUAUGUGGUAAGACUUUCACUCAGAAGAGCAGCCUGAAAGCUCAUCAGAGACUUCAUACAGGUUAAUCAAGGGCCAACGCGUAUUUGCAUUUCAAAUGGCACCCUAUUCCCUAUACAGUUGCAAGAAACGGUAUGUGAACCCUUUGGAAUUACCUGGAUUAGGGUCGUAACAUUUUAUCUGAUCUUCAUCUAAGUCACAACAAUAGACACACAGUCUGCUUAAACUAAUAAUACACAAAUUAUUGUAUUUUUCUUGUCUAUAUUGAAUACAUAAUUUAAACAUUCACAGUGUGGGUUGGAAAAAGCAUGUGAACCCCGAGGCUAAUGUCUUCUCCAAAAGCUAAUUGGAGUCAGGAGUCAGCUAACCUGGAGUCCAAUCAAUGAGACGAGAUUGGAGAUGUUGGUUAGAGCUCCUCUGCCAUUCUGCUAUUCACUAGAAGCUGUGAACCACAAACAACAUCUCAGAAGACCUAAGAUUAAGAAUUUUUGACUUGCAUAAAGCUGGAAAGGGGUACAAAAGUAUCUCUAAAAGCCUUGAUGUUCAUCAGUCCACGGUAAGACAAAUUAUCUAUAAAUGGAGAAAGUUCAGCACUGUUGCUACUAGAGGUCGACCGAUUAAUCGGAAUGGCAGAUUAAUUAGGGCAGAUUUCAAGUUUUCACAACGAUCAGUAAUCAGCAUUUUUUGACACCGAUAAUGGUCGAUUACAUUGUACUCCAUGGGGAGACUGCGUGACGGCUGACUACCUGUUAUGUGAGUGCAGCAAGGAGCCAAGGCUAGGUGCUAGCUAGCAUUAAACUUAUCUUAUAAAAAACAAUCAAUCUUAACAUAAUUACUAGUUAACUACACAUGGUUGAUGAUAUUACUAGUUUAUCUAGCUUGUGUGCAUAUAAUCGAUGCGGUGCCUGUUAAUUUAUCAUUGAAUCACAGCCUAUUUCACCAAACUUAACAAGCGCAUUCGCGAAAAAAGCACUGUCGUUGCACCAAUGUGUAUUGAUUUUUAAAAGGCGUUGAUGUUUAUGGUUAGGUACACAAGUAUAUAUUUUUAAACCGGAAAUAUUUAGUUAAUAUUGCCUGCUAACAUGAGUUUCUUUUAACUAGGGAAAUUGUGUCACUUCUCUUGCGUUCUGUGCAACAGAGUCAGGGUAUAUGCAGCAGUUUGGGCCUCCUGGCUCGUUGCGAACUGUGUGAAGACCAUUUCUUCCUAACAAAGACAGCCAACUUUGCCAAACGGGGGAUGAUUUAACAAAAGCGCAUUUGCGAAAAAUCACAAUCGUUGCACGAAUGUACCUAACCAUAAACAUCAAUGCCUUUCUUAAAACCAAUACACAGAACUAUAUAUUUUUUAAUCUGCAUAUUUAGUUAAAAGAAAAUGGCAAAUUGUCACUUCUCUUGCGUUUAUUGCACUCAGAGUCAAGGUAUGUGCAACAGUUUGGGCCGCCUGGCUCAUUGCGAACUAAUUUGCCAGAAUUGUACUUAAUUAUGACAUAACAUUGAAGGUUGUGCAAUGUAACAGCAAUAUUUACACUUAUGGAUGCCACCCAUUUAGAUAAAAUACGGAACGGUUCCGUAUUCCACUGAAAGAAUAAACGUUUGUUUUUUGAAAUUAUAGUUUCCGCAUUUGACCAUAUUAAUGACCUAAGGCUCAUAUUUCUGUGUGUUUAUAUUAUAACUAAUUCUAUGAUUUGAUAGAGCAGUCUGACUGAGCGGUGGUAGGCAGCAGCAGGCUCUUAAGCAUUCAUUCAAACAGCACUUUCCUGCGUUUGCCAACAGCUCUUCGCAAUGCUUUCAAGCAUUGAGCUGUUUAUGUCUUCAAGCCUAUCAACUCCCGAGAUUAGGCUGGCAAUACUAAAGUACCUAUUAGAACAUCCAAUAGUCAAAGGUAUAUGAAAUACAAAUGGUAUAGAGAGAAAUAGUCCUAUAAUUCCUAUAAUAACUACAACCUAAAACGUCUUAUCUGGGAAUAUUGAAGACUCAUGUUAAAAGGAACCACCAGCUUUCAUAUGUUCUCAUGUUCUGAGCAAGGAACUUAAACGUUAGCUUUUUUACAUGGCACAUAUUGCACUUUUACUUCCUUCUCCAAAACUUUGUUUUUGCAUUAUUUAAACUAAAUUGAACAUGUUUCAUUAUUUAUUUGAUACUUUAUUGAUUUUAUUGAUCUAUUAAAAUAAGUGUUCAUUCAGUAUAGUUGUAAUUGUCAUUAUUUUAUAUAUAUAUAUAUAUAUAAAAAAUUGUCAGCUUUUUUGGUCCUCCAAUAAUCGGUAACGGCAUUGAAAAAUCAUAAUGGGUCGACCUCUAGUUGCUGCUCUCCCUAACAGAGUGGCUGUCCCUGCAAAGAUGACUGCAAGAGCACAGCGCAUAAUGCUCAAUGAGGUUAAGAAGAAUCCUAGAGUGUCAGCUGAAGACUCUGGAACAUGAUAACAUCUGAGUCUACGAUAUGUAAAACGCUAAGCAAGAUUGGUGUUCAUGGGAGGACACCACGGAAGAAGCCACUGCUGUCCAAAAAAAACAUUGCUGCACGUUUGAAGUUUGCAAAAGAGAACCUGGAUGUUCCACAGCGAUACUGGCAACAUAUUCUAUGGACAGAUGAAACUGCAGUUGAGUUGUUUGGAAGGAACACAACACUAUGUGUGGAGGAAAAAAAGGCACAGCACACCAACAUCAAAACCUCAUCCCAACUGUAGAGUAUGGUGGAGGGAGCACCAUGGUUUGGGGCUGCUUUGCUGCCUCAGGGCCUGGACAGCUUAAACUUGCAAAAUCAUUUUUCUGUUGAUCAAUACAUUUUGCAGGAGAAUGUUAGGCUGUCUGUCUGCCAAUUGAAGCUCAACAGAAGUUGGGUGAUGCAACAGGACAACGACCCAAAACACAGAAGUAAAUCAACAACAGAAUGGCUUCAACAGAAGAAAAUACACCUUCUGGAGUGGCUCAGUCCUGACCUCAACCCGAUUUGAGAUGCUGUGGCAUGACCUUGUUUGUGGUUCAUACCAGACAUCCCAAGAAUAUUGCUGAACUGAAACAGUUUUGUAAAGAAGAAUGGUCCAAAAUUCCUCUUGACCGUUGUGCAGGUCUGAUCCGCAACUACAUACAAUGUUUUGUUGCCAAAGGAGGGUCAACCGGUUAUUAAAUCCAAGGGUUCACGUACUUUUUCCACCUUGCACUGUGAAUGUUUACACAGCGUGUUCAAAAAAUAUAUGAAAACAUAUCAAUUUUUGUGUGUUAGUUGAAGCUGACUGUUUGUCCUCUUGUUGUGACUGAGAUGAAGAUCAGAUAACAUUUGAUGACCGAUUUAUGCAGAAAUCCAGGUAGUUCCAAAGGGUUCACAUACUUUUUCUUGCCACUGUAGUACACUACCACUGUAGUACACUACCACUGUAGUACACUAUCUUUGACCAGAGACCAAAGUAGUGUACUAUGUAAGAAAUGGAUUAUAAUUUGGGAUGCACCCUAACUGAAAGUGGUUUCGUCCUCAUCAAAAGCGGUUAAUGAGUAUGGGACAUUUGGCUGCUAUUGGUAACAGUUUAGAAGUCCAACUAAAUUGUGAUAAGAUGUCAUAUUUGUUUCCAAUACAUUUUGUGUGUUUAAAAAAAAAAUCCUUUAUUGAACUAGUCAAGUCAGUUAAGAACAAAGUCUUAUUUACAAUGAUGGCCUACCCCGGCCAAACCUGGACGACGCUGGGUCAAUGGGAGUCCUAUGGGACUCCCAAUCACGGCCGGAUGUGAUGCAGCCUGGAUUCGAACCAGGGACUGCAGUGACGCCUCUUGCACUGAGAUGCAGGGCCUUAGACUGCUGCAUCACUCGGGAGUCCAAAGGAUGUUAAAGAUAUUCAGAUGCUGGGGCUAUGGAAAAAUGAACAUUUUUAGUAGUUCUUAGUUUAUAAAGUUGUCAUCAGGUAUCUCUCCAAUAAUGUAUAUAGAAGGGGGGUGUUUUAAGGAAAAACAAUUUAAUUAUUCAACGUUUUUCUUUUCUUCCUGCAUCAAACGUAUGGAUCAAUGAUCCAAUUUAACAUGUGGGCUACAUAUCUACUUGUUUUGUAUGAAGACGUUGAUGGUAGGGUUGUUUAUUACUCAAUGGGUAUGUUUACAUGCACAGUAAUAAUUCAAUAUUAAACUGAUUAUGUCAAUAAGCAUAUUAUGCAAUAGUCAUGUAAGCAGAGUAAGGCGUUUAACUUAAUCGGCGUACGGUCAAAAUUAAAACACAUGGUUUUCUGAGUAAUCUUUCUAAUUAUUAGAAUGCCUUAAAAGGAUCGGACCCUUUUAUUUUCAUUUUUUUUUGCCUGAAAUGACAUACCCAAAUCUUACUCCCUUUAUUUAGCUCAGUACCUGAAGCAAGGGUAUGCAAAUUCCUUUGUGGAAUUUUUUGAAAAGUUUGUGGAAAUGUGAAAUUAAUGAAGGAGAAUAUAACACAUUAGAUCAGGUAAAAACUUUUCUAUUUUUAUUUUUUGUUCCAUCUUUGAAAUGCAAGAGAGAGAGGCCAUUAUAUCACUUAGCAAUUUAGAUUUUGGCCACUAGAUGGGAGCAGUGUAUGUGCAAAGUUUUCUACGGAUCCAAUGAACCAUUGCAUUACUGUUCACAAUGCUGUAUCAAGUCUGCCCAACUGUGCCGAAUUGGUCAAUUGAUACAUUUUCAAGUACAUAACUAUAGACAACAUACAAAAAUUAUAUGGUAAUACGAAAUUUAAUUUUACACACUCCCAGGAAUGUCAUAAAUGAAGGAUAAUUAGCUUCCCCACAGAAACACUAACCUUCACACAUCUAGAUGGUGGGGAACCCAGUUCCUACAUUUUAAUAUAAAAAUGGAUUUUAUCAAACAGAACUAUACUACAUUUGAUCUCUGGGACCCUCAGGGUGACAUAUCAGAGCAAGAUUACUGAAUGUAAGUACAUUAUUUACCUUCAGAGGUGAAUGUAUCAAACCAGUUGCCGUGAUUAAUAGUUUUGUUGUUGUGCACUCUCCUCAAACAAUAGCAUGAUAUUUUUCACUGUAAUAGCUACUGUAAAUUGGACAGUGCCGUUAGAUUAACAAUAAUUUAAGCUUUCUGACCAUAUAAGACAUGUCUAUGUCCUGGGAGAUUUUCUUGUUUCUUAUGUCAUGCUAAUCACAUUAGCGUAUGUUAGCUCAACCGGACAUGCAUCAGUCAUUUCAAAGCUCACUACAUUGAAUUACACAAUUUCCAAGCCCAUUUCAUAGAGAAUGUUACAAAACUGUACUUUAUUUAGUAACUUACUUUGAAGAGAUGAGGAUUGGGUCUAAAUGGUUUUGGUGUUUGGUACUCUUAAUUCAGUGUACUCCUCUUUAACUGCCAUUUCCUGAAAGUCAGACUUACCACCUGCCAACUCCUUUUCAGCAGCAUCAGCAUUCACCACUCUGUUUGGUUAUCCUUAGAUAUAGUAUCCAGACUUGCCCAGAGGGAAUUGUUGAUAUGCUGUACAUGUUUUAUUCUAGGUAACAUUUUAUUUGUAAAAAUGUAAAUGUCUUUAUUUUACUGAUUAGAAAGAUAAAGAAAACAAAUAUUUAUCCACAAUCUGCUCUGGACAAGUCUGGUGCUGGACUGUCUUAAAAUUAAAUUAAAAUAUUUAGGCUGACUUCAAUUCAGUGUCCAGUAAAAUGUAUUUAUGUUGUAUGUGCAUAUUUAGUUAUGUAUAGCCUCAUUUGCAUAUCAGUAAAAAAACAUUUGGCUACAUUCAACUAGUAAAAGUUGUUUUAAGUGUAAAAAAUAAAUCUCUGUUAGGGUGUGGUUCCUGGACUUAAUCAGCAUUCUACCUGUGUAUUUGAUCUGCACAUGUGCUUGCGCCAGCCGGGCGAGCCUCACUCUUUAGUGCGAGUGAAGUGAGUUCGGAACAACGGGUCUUUAGAAGUAGUUUUCACAAACUUUUAUAUGUCUGAACUCUAAUCAAAUAUGCCUCACAAAAAUAACAUGGUCACUGUGGUAGAAUGUUUAUUUUAGUUGGCAAUUUUCUGCAUUUAUCAGUGCCAUCGGGUAGCCUGAUUUGAAGAUGUCCAUGUAAAACAAGAUUAUUAGGGAAAUGGCUCUUCUUGCAAAGCAUGUAAACGUUUUAAUCAAAUUAUUAUAUUAAUCAGACGAUUCACAAUCGCAUUAUUGUGUGCAUGUAACCGUACUCGUUGAGUAGUUCAAAUGCUAUAUUUUGUUUUUGACUCCUAUGUUCAAAAACGCACUCUUAUAUUUGCUUUGUUGUUUCGUAUCUGCUGGUGUAUUCAUUAAUAAAUGUAAAAUUCUGAAUGCAAA